AUUGGUUAAUAAGUUACAUUUUUAUUUGUUCAUAGUUGUCAAAGAAAUAUUUUUUGAAAGCUAUAUUUGCUGUUACUUGUUAAAAAGAUAAAUACUGUUCAGUUCAAGGCCAAAGUAAAAGUCAAUGUAUUGUUGCAUGUUUUGUGAUGUGAUGAUUACAGGUUUUUGUUUUCUUUCAGUUGAUACCUUUCCUUUUACAGCUCAUCAGCAGGAAGGAGAGAAACAGGUUAUCUUAGUUCUUUUCUGUUGCACUGUUUUUGAAAGCAUGCUUUAGAAAGCAUUAGAUUUGCCAAGACUUGUGUAGAACUUUCCCUUCAAAUAUGUUAACGUUUUAGGUUAGUAUUGUGCAGUAACCAGCCCCUGGCAAACUACAGGCUGGCUUGCUCUAAUCUAAGCACGUGAGCCUUGCCCAAGCUACUGCUAAGCCCACCCAUGUAUAAAUGUACACAAACAUAUCAGGGACCGAUUUCCAGGAAAAGCACGAGGCAGAAAACGCGUCAGACAUUUCCGUGGGGCACAAAUGUAAUAGUAUCUAGCUCUCUCUUAUUACUCUCUGGUACUAUUGGUAUGGUGUUAUUUUGUUCUUCCAAGAGCGGAGCUCAUAUUGUGAGACCGAAUGUCUGUCCUGACUUGACUUCCUCUUCUACUUGUGCUGUUUGAAAUGGAAGUAAACUUAUGAACCUUUUUUUUUUUAACUCAUAGACCAUGUUUUUCACAAUUGCAGACUUCAGCAGUGUUAGGUGCUUUUUCCUCUGUGGAAUGUUGUAUUCAACACUGUAAUGAUUUCAUUAAAUUGCAGAGGUCAAAGAGAGUUGCUGCAAACAUGUCAUUGCUGUAGUUAAUGAUGACUUUAUUACAGAUAAAGGAAGCAGCUUAAUGUGUAACUAAAGAAAUGUUUCCAGGUUCUUUUUUUUUUUUUUCUUCACUAACAAAUCCACUUUUCAGAUUUCAACGCAUGGUGCCCUAGCUGGGGAUUGGUGACUAUACCAGCUUUGAGACUGAAACGUAGUUCAAUGUAUCUGAACCCUAACAUUUUGCCAAACAUUGGAAUUGCAGAGUGCAGGUGGUCCCUGUCAAGUGAUAGUCAAUAUGUGGGAGACCCAUCAUCACCCCCGCACGAUGAGCCCCACAGCAUCACACCAGAAUAUUGAUGAUGGGCAAUUUGGAAUCAGUAACGGGGUGAAUUGUGUUGACUCUGGGUGGCUCACAUGUCAGACAGAGAUUCGCCUGCGUCUGCACUACUCGAAGAUGUCUCCGGUGUCCAUCACUAAGAAGAAAUUCAAGAAGUCUCGCUUCAGGAUCAAGCUCACAUUGGAGGGCAUUGAGGAGGAGGAAGAUGACGAGGAAGAUGUGCUCAGUCCUUCAUCUUGGCACAAAAUGACCACCACUCUGGAGAUCAGUAUGAUCAGUGCCAAUGGCUAUAAGUCGCGUCACUCGCAGCCUGAGUGUGGGUACGCCCUGGAGCCCUCCCAGUGGACGGAGUACAGUAUCCACACCAUGGACCCAGACAACCUAGAGCUCACCUUUGAGUUCUUUGAGGAGGAUCUGAGCGAGCAUGUUGUCCAGGGGGACACUCAUCCAGGACACGUGGGCACAGCUUGCCUUCUCUCCUCCACUUUUUUGGAGAAUGGCAAAGACAACGGAGUAGUCACACUGCCCAUAAUGGGUCGAAAUUCCAGACAGACCAUCGGAAAAGUUAGAGUGGAUUACUUGGUGAUCCGGCCCAUCCAGGGGCUGCAGUGUGACAUGAGCUCCUCGUACACCAAGUACUGGAAGAAAAGAAGCACUCUGGAUGUGGGUCACAGGGGAGCUGGCAGCACACACGCAGCCAAGCACCACAGAGUCAGGGAGAACACAAUAGCCUCAUUCAAAAGCGCUGCCAAGCAUGGUGCAGCCUAUGUAGAGUUUGAUGUUCACCUCUCCAAGGAUGCUGUUCCUAUUGUAUACCAUGAUCUGACAUGCUGCAUUUCCACGAAGAAGAAAAAUGACAAGACUUCACUGGAGCUCAUUGAGGUGCCAGUCAAAGAUUUGACAUUUGAUCAGCUGCAGCUUCUGAAGCUGGCCCAUGUAACUGCAAUGAAAGGAAGUGAUAACAAAGAUCUGCUGGACGAUGAAGACGAAAUUGACGAGCAUCAGCCAUUUCCCUCACUCUCACAGAUCUUUCAGGCUAUCCCCGAGCAUGUGGGUUUCAACAUUGAGCUCAAAUGGAUCUGCCAGAUGAAGGACGGAUCAUGGGACGGGAACCUGUCAUCCUACUUCAACAUGAAUACCUUCCUCGACGUCGUCCUGUCUUGUGUUCUGCAGAAAGGUGGCAAAAGGCGCAUUGUCUUCUCCUGUUUUGACCCAGAUAUCUGCACCAUGGUACGCCAUAAACAGAACAAGUACCCCAUCCUCUUCCUUACUCAGGGAAUUUCAGACAGGUAUCCCGAACUCAUGGACAUCCGCUGCCAGACCACUCAGAUCGCCAUAAGCUUCGCCCAGAGUGAGAACAUCCUGGGAAUCAGUGCCCACACUGAGGAGCUGCUGAAGAACCUUACCUACAUUGGGGAUGCCCAGUCUAAAGGCCUGGUGGUGUUCAGCUGGGGAGAUGACAACAAUGACCACGAGACCAGAAGGAAGCUGAGAGAGCAGGGAAUUGAUGGGCUCAUCUAUGAUAGUAUCUGUGAGGAUCAAGGAGAGCAGCCAAAUAUCUUCCAAGUAGAGGAGCAGCACUCCCUGCAGGAGGUUAUUACAGAGGAGACCCUGAAGAGCUCCACCUGUUCCUGCUACACCAUUCCCUGCUCCAUGGCUCCUUGCAUCGCCUCCAAGGCUCGUGCUGGCAGCGCUGAGUCCGACUCUGGCCUCAGCUCCUCAUAAACACACCUAAACUACCUAUCAAUAGAAGUCAAUGCACGUGCGCGCACACACACACACACACACACACACACACACACACACACACACACACACACACACACACACAGACACACACACACACAGACACACACACACACAAACACACACUGAACAGGACCAAGGUGUACUUGCUUGGUUUGUGUAUAUAUUUUAAAUUUCUGACAAGAUUUAUUGUUUCUUUAAACCUGAAGAUGUGCUCACAAGAAUAACACCACUUAAACCACCUCCACUCCACUCAGUUACAGAUUUUGUCUGCUGUUGUGUAUCUUCACAGAAGGUUUGUUAUUUAUAUUUUCUGUUAAAAUAGGUGAAUGGUUUGCCAAAACCUUAAGGCAGUCAUGCACAUGUUUUUCAAUGACCAGUUUAGGGAUCAAACCCGUCUGCACAGACAUCUUCAUAAUGGUGGAAUUUAACAGUGGAUAUUUAUUUAGCCAAUAUGUUUUAUCUCUUCACAGUCUAAGUGCUAAAAGUUAGUGCAUAUGAUAUUUUACGGGUGUAGAUGGGUAACAGGACAGCAAAGUGUAUGUCAUACAGUUUAUUUUGAAGGACUAUGCUGUCUUAUGUCUCAGCUGUUAUGUCUUUUCUGCGUAUGUAGCCAUUACCUUCAAUGUCUCAAAUAGCAGUUGGCACUACCUCCUGAUUGCUAUUUCAGGUGUGAGAAAUAAUUUGGCCGCGGGUCUGGCACAUCCGUUGCUGGGUUAGGUUUGCAUACUACAUACAGUGCUAGAGGAUGUGCGUUUGGGGGACGGUGCAGGUUGCCAUUAAUGAAUGCUCACCUCUCGGUGGACAGACUAAAGCACUUAGAAGACGCCUGCAUGACCAAUUAAUUUCCUCUUGAACGGAGUGCUGAAAGUACUGGCGCCUCCUUUUCCCGCCUUCAAACUCCCGCUUAUUGUCUUUUAUGGACUAAUAGCUAUUAUUAUUAAUUACAUACUGCAUGAAUACUGGAUGUAUUGUAUCCUUUAUUCUUUUUAUCUACUUGAUUUAUGGAAAAGCAGAAGAAUGUUUUGUUUGCAUCAGUGCACACAUACCACAGCCUUAAGGGGGAAAAAAAAUUAUGUCUGUUCCUGGUCUUUUGUUUUAAAAUUACCAGUACCUCACUCAUCAUCUGUUAGAAUAGACUGAAGUUAGGAUGUCUGUCCAAAUGAACAAAUACCUCCUACAAAUCCUGUUUCACUUCACGCCACAAUACUUUUCCUUGCACGGCAGAUUAUUUUUGGCACAAAUUACACUUGAGAUAAUUCAUCAUUUGAGUAUUAAAAUAUGUGUUGAUAUAAGGCGUAUGUUAAUGCUGCAUUUUGAACACAUCUAUGUUUAGUAGUGCUGUCUCUAUAACUGUCUUACCACACAAUCUCUUAACUGCAAACUAAUGAAGUCUCGCAUGGUCUAUAUCUGUAUGAAUGAAUAGAAAAGAAGCUGGUGUUUAAUAUUAAGUGCCACUUCAGGACAGAAGAGUGGAAAUGGAAAUGUAAAUAAAAUCAGUACCUGCA